CGCCCAUACCGUAUCAUCACCAGUCUCCCCAGUCCCACGUCCUUAUCUCCGUCCGGGCUUGUGCAACAUAGGGUCAGAGCAUGCAGUCGCCUUCUUGAAUUGAACCAGGUUGAACUAUAUAUACACCUAUAUUUAUAUUGCUUAAAUAUAAAUAUAUAUAUAUAUAUAAAUCAUACACUCACAUUUAUACGUGUCGCACUAUGUGGUUCUCUACGCCCCGGUUACUCGCCGGACUUUAUGGGUUAACACUGGCUGUCGUGGGGUCAUCUGCUGUCGAUGUUGAUUUCAUGAGCGUGAGGCCUACUGUGGCCAAGGAAUACUCUGGAAAAGGCGGAGAUCCAGGUCCAAAAUAUUUCAAGGAAUCAGACUUUCACUACCAUUAUGACGGCCGCUUUGCCGACAAGCCUCUCUCGGACGAAGAGACUAUUCCGCACCUGUCGGAACUCAUCCGAACCUAUCUGUCAACAAUGGCAGACCUUGGUGCCGAGACAUGGAUCAUGCACGGGACUCUUCUGGCAUGGUGGUGGAAUCAGAAGAUCUUCCCUUGGGACAAUGACCUCGAUGUCCAAAUCUCUGAGCCCACAAUUCACUUCCUUGCCGAUUAUUACAAUAUGACGGAACACCAUUUUGAGAUUCCCGGAGUGGAGGGCGGACGAACUUACUUGCUCGAGAUAAAUCCUAACUACGUCAUCCGGUCUACCGAUGAUAAGUUGAAUGUCAUUGAUGCGCGUUGGAUUGACACUUCCUCCGGAUUGUUCAUCGACAUCACCGCCGUGCGCAAGGAUGACGACAGACGAGAACGCGGUGACCCCGGUGCUCUGAUGUGUAAAGACGGCCACCGGUUUGAUGAGACCGAAAUCUUUCCGCUACGGAAUAGUUAUUUCGAGGGUGUUCCCGUCAAAAUUCCGUUUGAAUAUGUCCGACUUCUCAAGAAGGAAUACGGCUCGAAAUCGAUGACCGCUACCACAUUCCAAGGGCACCAUUUCAACGAUGCCACAGAAGUGUGGGAUAAACAAAGGAAACGACAGUUUUGGCGCCGCCAGCCAGUCGACGUACCCGUUCGAACCACGCCUCUCGGGCCUUUGUUUCGAUGAAACUCGAAGACUGUUUUAAAUCUUUAAGGCC